AUGGACAUUAGAUGGACCUACCGUGUCGGCGCGUUAACCGUCCGGGUUCUUGGCUACGGCCUCGUAAAGCGCGUCCGACCCGGUCAGACCCCAUCCCUGACGCCUCUUACGCUACUAGUCACCUCGGACGUUUCUGUGGAAAGACAAUACUCGGCCUGGAAGGUCGCGGUGAGUGAUCUCAGAUUACUCUUCGACAAGGCCAAUCGCGAGGACAUUACGGUUGAAAUUACAGACAUCAGAACAGCAGACGGAGUACCCUCAGCGCCGCUCACAGAUUGCGCGCCAGAGCUUGUCGCAGCAUGGGAGUGCUAUCGGCCAGCUCUCCUUGAAGAUAUCCAGGAACAACAGUGGCUCACCGCCGACAUCGUCCUCCGUGAAAUCGGAGAAUUGCAUCCCAUACGCACGCCUACUCUCCUCAUCACCGCACAAGAUGCCGACUCAGCCAUAUGGUGGGACAGAAUCCUACCUCAUAUACGUCAACUACUCCCCCAGACAAUGGAGACAUCUGGACACGAGGAAGAAGCAGAGGAACCGUAUGUACGCCCUGCCAUAUAUUCUACAAUACAGGACUACGACGCCAUCGUAGAGAUGGGAGCCAGUAUUGGCGUAGAGCAGCCUAAGAAGGGCCGGGCAACUGGCUGGACGUACGAAUACAUCAACCAGAUUGGCUCACUCUUGGAUCUACGACAUGACUCUGGUUAUAUUGUACCGGUAGACAUGGAGCAGCGAUUUGGAACGACAGACGGUAUCAAGCUGGCUUUCGGCGUCAUGCAUGACCGCGAAGGAGAAGAGUUCAUGAGGGCCGGCGACUCCGGCAGUUGCGUGCUACUGAACGAACGCAAUAGGAGAGCGACCAUUGUCAGUCUACUUUAUGCCUCCAACGAGCACUCGCGCGUCGCUUACAUGAUACCAUUCGAUCUGGUUGUACGCGACAUAGAGCUAGUGACAGGCCAGAAAGUGUCGAAGCCUGAGUCUGUUCAGUACGACGAAAGGGCGUAA